AUGUGUUCCCAGCUGGGCUCCUGCCCCCGGACUCAAGCGGUCAGCAGCAGCGUCAGCGACCUGGCCCUGCCAGCCGAGGAUGGAGACAAACACUUCCCGCCCCUCCAAGUACCUGUUUCACCCUACUUCACAGUGUUGGCGGAAGGAUUAACAAGAGAGCACGUGAAAAAUACAGAGAGGUGUGGCCUGCGUCUCACUCAUCCUUAUAUCCUGGAGCUCAGCGCAGAGUCUGCCAUGGAGGAGGCUCUUCCAGGGGCCUCCAGACAAACCACUGUCCUGACAGCCAUGACCAAGCGGGAAAGGAGCUGGGCCGGGGGCUCCAGGUCGGCGACCACGUGCCAUCCCCAGACCAGCACUCGCCGGGGGCUCCCGGAGCCGGAGAACAAAGCGCCCGGCGCUGGGCCAGAUGCAGAGCGGAGUGCCCCUAGCCCCGCGCUCGCGCUCUGCGCCUGCGCCCGGCUGGCGCUAAGCCAAGGGCUGGGCCAGGAGAUUGACAAUGCCCGUCUUGCUGCUGAUGACUUCAGAGUCAAGUAUGAGACGGAGCUGGCCAUGCGCCAGUCUGUGGAGAAUGACAUACACGGGCUCCGCAAGGUCACUGAUGACACCAGUGUCACCCGGCUGCAGCUGGAGACUGAGAUCGAGGCUCUCAAGGAGGAGCUGCUCUUCAUGAAGAAGAACCAUGAGGAGGAAGUAAAGGGUCUACAAAACCAGAUUGCCAACUCUGGGCUGACUGUGGAGUUGGAUGCCCCCAAACCUCAGGACCUCUGCAAGAUCAUGGCAGAUAUCCGGGCCCAGUAUGAUGAGCUGGCUCAGAAGAACCGAGAGGAGCUGGACAAGUACUGGUCUCAGCAGAUUGAGGAGAGCACCACAGUGGUCACCUCACAGACCGCUGAGAUAGGAGCUGCUGAGAUGACCCUCACAGAGCUGAGGCGCACCGUCCAGUCCCUGGAGAUCGACCUGGAUUCCAUGAGAAACCUGAAGGCCAGCUUGGAGAACAGCCUGAGGGAAGUGGAGGCCUGCUACGCCAUGCAGAUGGAGCAGCUCAACGGAGUCCUCCUGCACCUGGAGUCAGAGCUGGCCCAGACCCGGGCAGAGGGGCAACGCCAGCCCCAGGAGUACGAGGCCCUGCUGAUGAAUGUCAAGGUCAAGCUGGAGGCUGAGAUCAAUACCUACCGCCACCUGCUGGAAGAUGGGGAGGAUUUCAGCCCUGGCGACGCUCUGGACAGCAGCGACUCCAGGCAAACCAUCCAUAAGACCACCGCCCUCCGGCUUGUGGAUGGCAAAGUGGUGUCUGAGACCUCAGACACCAAGGUUCUGAGGCACUGA